AUGCUUCUACGAAGCUCGUCCACGCCGAUUCUGAACUCGCGAAUCCCUAACCCCAAUCCAACCCCAAACCCGAAGGAUUCGCCUCACGAACACGAAAUCUUUCACCGGAUCCCGCGGACGCGCUCCCUCAUGCUGUCGGCUUCGUCGAAUUCGCUAUCGCCAGUCGACGCUUCCCCAUGCAGAAUGACGCGGGCGCUGUCGGAGACCGAUCUCUCCGCGUGGUCCAAAACGGCGUCGUUCGGCUCCGCUCUUUUUUCAUUCACCGAGUCUGACGAAAACGAGAGCGUGUCCGCAGAAGGCGGCGGAAGUGGCGGCGGCGGCGGUGGCGGACGGGACAACGGUGACGGCGGAGGGUCGGGGUUUUCGGAUUCGAAUAAUGGAAACGAUAGCACGGACUUGUAUUACCGGACGAUGAUCGAAGCCAAUCCAGGGAACUCUCUGUUUCUUGGGAACUACGCGAGGUACUUGAAAGAGGUUCAAGGGGACUAUGUGAAAGCAGAGGAGUAUUGUGGGAGAGCGAUAUUGGCGAAUCCGAAUGAUGGGAAGGUGCUGUCGAUGUAUGCAGACUUGAUAUGGGAGAGCCACAAGGAUGCUUCACGUGCCGAGACUUAUUUUGAUCAAGCAGUUAAAGCUGCACCUGAUGACUGUUAUGUUCUGGCAUCCUAUGCUCAUUUUCUGUGGGACGCUGAGGAGGAAGAUCUAGAAGAAGGAGAAGAUUCCUAUGAGAAAUCUGGCGGUUUCGUACAUGGUGUUGGUCCACCCCCUUCUCCUUUAACUGCUUCCACUGGUAACCCUCCUCCAACCCUUGCCAUUCAGCCUUUAGAAGCUUUUGAAAUGUUGAUCACAAAUGGAAAUCUUGCCAAGGAGGGAGCAAGACAGCUGGAAUUUUUCGAAUUUUGGAUUGAUCUAGGUUUAGGGAAGAGGAAACUUUUUGGCAUUUGUGGCAAGGAGAUGUUGCUUCUAUUAAUGCAGUUCUUAGCUUCCAUUCAGUUGAUGGUUAAAGUACAUUUCUAA